CUCGCCCUUGGCAGAGCUGGCGCGAUCUGGGAGGACUGGCAUGACGUCCUUGGAGUCGCCGACGUCGAGCAACGAACCUCCUCAGACAACAGCGUGGCCACACACACAACUAAGAGCCCCACCGACCUCUUCUCGGAUGACGACGACAUCCUCGCCGAAAUCCCGCUUGCGACCAGCCGCACGCAGGCGCACGACCUCGACCUCGAGCGUACGCGGUAUACGGUGCGGCUCGCGCACGUAAUGGACAACGACGCAGCGGCGCUGCUCGCUGUGCGGCUCUACCUUGAGCUCUCGUCGGACCACACGCUCGCGCGGUGGCGCUGCCAUGGCCGCGCUGCGCUCGGGCUCGCGGGCGACGAGCCUGCGUACCACUUCGAGAUGAGCCAGAACUGCUGGAACCACCCUGCCGUCCACUCGCCCGCGAGGCCUGGCCACCUUACCCCCGGAUCGGCAUCGACUGUGUCGUCGGGAUGCUCUGUCGAUACCCCGUCCGAUGGACAGUCGCCGGCUGCAAUGGAGCAAGUAUACGUGCCCACUACGGAAGAUUUCAACCUCGCCGAUAGCCAGCCAUGGCUCCAUGUCGACACAAUUCGCCCCAUUACGCCAAAAUUCCCGGAUGCGGAAAGACCAUUCGAGAGGGCAGCAAUUUCAGUGCGCUGGGGGGUAGGCGAGACGAUGGACUAG